GUUUGUCAAGAUGGCUGCAGAUACUGUCGCUGCUCCACGUUUGAGCUUGAAUGUGAGAUAUAACAGAAACGUUGAAGAGAACAGCGGAGAGGAGGAGGAGAAUCAGGUGGAGAUCUUAGAGGAUGAAGAGGAUUACGCUGAACUCGAGCCACAAAUAGCCAGUUCACGCAGCCCUGCAGCUGGCAACAGAAGGAGCUUCAGAGCUACUGCAGUGACUCUGGGAGGGUUUUAUCUUCUGCUAUUGGCUGGACUCUUCAUUUGCUUCACUUUGCUGCACACCAGAUACGACCAACUGAGCAGCAACUACAGCCAGAUCCAGAGGAAAGUUUCUGACAUAUCCGUCGAAAAAAGUCAGUUACAGGAUGAAGUAAAGGAACUGAAGUGCAGAAUUAAAGAGAAGCUGUGUCCUGACGGAUGGAAGGGAUUUGGAUGCAGUUGUUACUUUAAAUCUAAGAAGGAGGACUAUUGGUAUGGACGUAGAGAUGACUGUGAGCAGAGAGGAGCACAUCUGGUCGUCAUAAACAACGAAGAGGAACAGAAGUUUGUAACUGAGCUGAGUAAGGAUGGACAGUACUGGAUUGGUCUACAGAAAGAACAGAGACAAGGAGAACAGAACCCAGGAGAAUGGAAAUGGGUCGACGGAUCACCGCUGACAGAAACGUUCUGGGCAUCAGGAAUGCCUCACAAUGACGUUAACUAUAAAGCUGCAACAUGCUGCGAUCAACAAGGAAAGUGGACACAAAGAAGAUUUAAUGACUAUAAGAAGUGGAUCUGUGAGGAAAAAGAUUCUCUGAAUUCUGUGAUGACAGAGGGGUGUGUAGUGUUGGGAUCAGCUGUGUCAAAUCAGACUGGUCUGGAGCCAUUUGAAACCAGAAGGCCAACAAAUGUGGUUGGGACCUAAGCCUAAAGGGUCUUACAAAUGUCAACACUACAAUCAUUGUACAAAUGUAUUACAGACCAAAAC